AAGCGAAAGGAAAAGCGCGGAGGACAUCCUGGGGGCUGGGGCUGGGGCUGGAGGCGGGGAGGGCGGACCGAAGGGAAGCCAGGCAGAGGUGCAGGAGCGGGUUUCCGAGCUCAGCCUUCAGAAUCUCACCUGGAGACCUCCGGAGCCGCAGGCCGGCAAACCAUGCGGCUCCCCGACCCGAGGCCCUGGGCCUCCCUGCUGCUGGCGGACUGGGCUGUGCUCCGGCUGCUCCAGGGCACCCUGGAUGCUCUGCUCCCCCGGGGGCUGCUGGGGCUGUGGCUGGAGGGGACCCUGCGGCUUGGGUGUCUGUGGAGUCUGCUGAAGCUGGGGGGGCUGCUGGGCCCGACGGGGACACUGCUGCCCGCGCUCUGCCUGGCGCCCCCUCUGUUCCUCUCCCUGCGGGCGCUGAGCCCGGGGGCCUUGAGUGCGCCCCCAGCCAGCGUGGCUGCAGCCCCCUGGAGCUGGCUGCUGGCGGGGUACGGGGCCGCGGCGCUCAGCGCGGCGGCGUGGGCCGUGCUCAGCCCCCCCGGAGCCCCGGGCGGGGAGCAGGGCCCGGAGAAGAGCCACGCCCUCAUGUGGCGGCUGCUGAGGCUCUCCAGGCCGGACCUGCCCUUACUCGCCGCCGCCUUCUUCUUCCUCGUGGUCGCCGUGCUGGGGGAGAUGCUGAUCCCCUAUUACUCUGGCCGGGUGAUCGACAUCCUGGGAGGCGAUUUUGACCCCGAAGCCUUCGCCAGCGCCAUCUUCUUCAUGUGUCUCUUCUCCCUGGGGAGCUCGCUGUCUGCUGGCUGCCGAGGAGGCUGCUUCCUCUUCACCAUGUCCAGGAUCAACUUGCGGGUCCGGGAGCAGCUCUUCUCCUCCCUUCUGCACCAGGACCUGAGUUUCUUCCAGGAGACUAAGACAGGGGAGCUGAACUCACGGCUGAACUCGGAUACCAAACUGAUGAGCUCCUGGCUUCCUCUUAAUGCCAACGUGCUCCUGCGGAGCCUGGUGAAAGUGCUGGGACUGUACAGCUUCAUGCUCAACCUGUCGCCUCGACUCACCCUCCUGUCUCUGUUCGAGAUGCCUCUCACAAUGGCGGCUGAAAAGGUGUACAAUGGCCGCCAUCAGGCGGUGCUUCUGGAGAUCCAGGACGCGGUGGCACAGGCGGGGCAGGUGGUGCGGGAGGCAGUUGGAGGGCUGAAGACCGUGCGCAGCUUUGGGGCUGAGGAGCACGAGGCCUGUCGCUACGAGGAGGCCCUGGAACGGUGCCGGAAGCUGUGGUGGCAGCGAGACCUGGAGAGGGCCCUCUACCUGCUCUUCCGGAGGAUGCUGCACUUGGCCAUGCAGGUGCUGAUGCUGAGCUGCGGGCUGCGGCAGAUCCUGGCGGGGGACCUCACGCGGGGCGGGCUGCUCUCCUUCCUGCUGUUCCAGGAGGACGUGGGCCACCACGUGCAGACCCUGGUGUACAUGUGCGGGGACAUGCUGAGCAACGUGGGCGCCGCCGAGAAGGUGUUCCGCUACCUGGACCGGCGGCCGAACCUGCCUCCGCCCGGCGUGCUGGAGCCGCCCGCGGUGCGCGGCCUGGUGGAAUUCCGGGAUGUGAGCUUCGCCUACCCGCACCGCCCCGACCAGCCGGUGCUCAAGGGGCUGACGUUCACCCUGCGCCCCGGCCAGAUGACGGCGCUGGUGGGGCCCAACGGCUCGGGGAAGAGCACGGUGGCGGCGCUGCUGCAGAACCUGUACCAGCCCACGGCGGGGGCGCUGCUGCUGGACGGGGCGCCCCUGGCCCAGUACGAGCACCGCUACCUGCACCGGCAGGUGGCUGUGGUCGGGCAGGAGCCCGUGCUGUUCUCGGGCUCCGUGCGGGACAACAUCGCCUACGGGCUGCAGCGCUGCAGCGACGAGGAGGUGCUGGCGGCGGCCCGCGCGGCCCGGGCGGAGGAGUUCAUCCGGGACUUGCCGCAGGGACUGCACACAGACAUAGGGGAGAAGGGCAGCCUGCUGGCCGUGGGGCAGAAGCAGCGCCUGGCCAUUGCGCGGGCCCUCGUGCGGGACCCUCGCGUGCUCAUCCUGGACGAAGCCACCAGCGCCCUGGACGUGGAGUGCGAACAGGCGCUGCAGGACUGGCGCUGCCGCAAGGACCGCACGGUGCUGGUGAUCGCGCACAGGCUGCAGACGGUGCAGCGCGCCGACCAGGUCCUGGUGCUGCGGCAGGGGCAGCUGCUGGAGCCCGAGCAGCUCCGGGCGGGCCAGGACCUCUACUCCCGCCUGGCGCAGCAGCUGGAGGGCUUGGAGGGCUUGGAGGGCUUGGAGGACUGAGGCCCGCCACUGGCCCCCGCGGCCUUCGGAGGAGCAGCGCGCUCUGAGCCUCCCGGGCUGCACCUCCCUGCAGCCGUAGCUCCUUGAUGCAGAUUUGGACCCACACGUGCCUUUGCGGAGGGGGCUACUGUCUGCCCAGCGACCUUAUUUCCUUGAAGAGCAGCGCAGUGCCUGCUGCAGCCGGGUACUGUGCAGAAUCAAUGUAUUUUAAAUACGUUCCUUGGGAUCUAAGCAGCACACACUCACACAGAGAAGUAGGGCUGACCUGCUCCACCUCCCAGAGGUGACCGUCGCUGCGUUUCCGCCUCCUGCUGGUGCUUUGUCUGUUUGAGAGCCGUGCCAGCCACACGGACAGACAUAGUCCCCAGUCCUUCCCCAUUCCCACCAGCACCCGGAGGGGCAGAGCUCAGUGCCAUAAUUAACAACGUUAAUAAAAACGGAUAAUAA